UGAAGUACAGUCGACACAAGCGUCAAAAUUAUUGUCUCCUUCAAAUAAACCACCGGGAAAGGCGCAAAUCACGGCUAAAAGCCGAGUUUAAUCAUUAAAAAACGUUCGGUAAUUCGUUUUAACGAGUUUUCUGUCGGUAAUCGGUCCGGGGAAGGAAUCCGCGCGUUUCCUUUCAUCGGUUUUUCGACAUUUUACGUUUUUGUAUAGACCCAACUGUACACAAUUCGCUGGAACUCCUGUGGAUUGUAGCACAGAAAUUGACAAUGCUCGACGCCCAAUUCUCGUUGUUUCAAUGAAACAAUUGACGAAAAGUUUGUGAUUCUGCGGUGAAUGUGAACUGGGGGUGACGUUCAAGGUGUUUGUGGAGAUGAAGAGGCUCCAGGUGGGUGAUGGACUGUUAUAAGUUGUGAAAUUCGGGGAAAAGACGGUGGACAAAAGAUUUCCACGGACUGUACAGCUGAUGGAGUUUUAUUGACUGGUGACGACUGAUAAAUAUUCAAUUUUUGUGAGUUAUUUUUUUUAUAAAACAUAAUUUUUCUGGUAUCUGCCAUUUUUUUGACUCGAAAGACUCGAAUAAUACGAAAUUUUUGGAUUUUUUGUCCGAACAUAUCACAUUAAUCCGCGAUUUUACAAAUAAAUAAUGACAAUCGACUCUUCAGUAUUACAUGUCCUUAUUUAAACGACUUUUUAUCGGUAUUUGAAUGCACAAAAUAAAUUUGGACUCCGAGGAUAAUGUUUACAACUGUGAUCACGUGGGCUUUUUGUCUUGUGACUCGUGACAUGACAAUUGUGGGGGGGAAAUUCAAAUAAAUCAGUGGUGGGAUGAAUUGAGUGAGUGCUUGAUCCUGUGGGGGUGCUUGAUAAUUUCUGAAAAAUGGGGAAGACGAGGGGAGUGCAUGAGACCACUCCAGAGCUGAGGAAUCGAAUGGUUGGGAUGUACGAAGCUGGGCUUGGGCUUCGGGAGAUUGCAGCUGCGAUCAAUUGUUCACAAAGAACAGUGAAACGCUGGCUGAACCGUUUCGACAAAGAAGGCACAGUAGAGACUCGCGAGCGAUGCGGUCGAAAGCGCGCGACAACGAGCGAGCAGGACGACGCAAUAGUCCGGCUAGCCACACAGACCCCAAUAACGGCAGCCAAGGCAGUGCUCCCGGCCCUAGGCCUCAACUGCUCGGUGGACACAAUUCGCGAGCGUCUGCACAAGGCAGGAAUCCACAACUGGAGUCCCUCGCGCAAGCACAUCCAGAGGAUUCCCCUGGGCGAGGCGGAGGGUGCAGCCCUGCAGCAGGCAGUCUGGCGCCCUACAGGCACCCAACUGGGUAAAAAGAAGAGCGCGAAGGUGCCCGCAAGAGCCAAGCCAGCGACUCCAAAAGUGAAGAAGAAAAAACCAGUGAAGAAAACUCCUGCGAAGGAAGCCAGGGCCCCUGAGGCCCCUGAGAAGCAGCUGGAGGCCCCCCAGAUGGCCUUCAACCCCCCCCAGGCUGUCCACUGCAGCGACCUGGCCCCUCUCGCGCCCCCAAUAAUAAGCCCCCAGAGCCAAUUCCACCCCCAGCCUGUGCCCAACCCCCAGCAGAUGUACCCCCAGCACCCAGACCUCAACAUGUCCCAAAACUGGCCCCUGGACCUGGUGCAAGCCCCCCCCAACCAGAACCAGUACCUCCAGAGCACUGGGAACCUCCCCCCGACGUCCUCCCACCUCCAGGAGUUGUACCCCCAGAGCAAUCACCUCCAGCAUCACCCACUGGAGCCCCAGCAGAUGAGCCUCAACCUGAACCCUCGUAAACCAGUGAACAUCUCUGAGGGCUCAUCCAGCUCGAGUUCAUCGAGUGAGAUCCAGGAGAUCGACGAUUCCCUGAGGGACACUGCAGCACCUGCUGGAGGAUCAGAGCAGAGCUUGACAGAAGAUCAGACUGAUGCAAACGCAGAGAAGAGGAAGAAGGGAGGUAAGGCCAAGGGCACCCUGGAGACAUCAGUGGAGCUCAGGAACAGGAUGAUUGGCAUGUCCCAGGCUGGAUUAUCAACGCUGUCGAUAGCCCUCGCCAUCAGCAGAUCCGAGAGGACUGUGAAGCGGUGGCUGGAGCGCUGGAGGAAGGAGGGCAACGUCCAGACGAAGGAGAGAAAAGGGAGGAAGAGGAUCACCACGAAGGAGCAGGACGAUGCCAUCAUUGCUAUGGCCACGCAGAGCCCUCUGACAGCUGCUAAACACGUGGCUCCAGCCCUGGGGCUCAACUGCUCCGUCGACACCAUCAGGGAGAGGCUCCACAAGGCGGGCAUUCACAGCUGGAAACUCGGGAAGAAGCAGGGGGAGGGCAAUGCCGUGCACACGGUGCAUCUCUGGCAGCCCAGUGGGAACAGGCCGAACAGGCCCAGGAUUCUGAGGAAGAACAGCGGGAAAAAGGCGGGGGGGAAGAAGCUGGAGGCCUGCAAGAGGACCCCUGGCAAGAGGAAAACCAAGAAAAGUCAGGGGAAGACGAACAGUCUCGAGGACGAGGGAUCUGUCCCUAAUGUCCAGGUUGAGAGUGUUCAGGCGCCUCAGGUGCCCAGCAUUGAACAGGGGAAUAUGCAGUUUCAUGACGAGGGGAUGAGUGCCUACUCGAAUCCCAAUGUGCUGCAGCCUGUGGGGGUUCUCACGCCGCUGGCGCCCAGCACUUCGGGACAGCAGAUGCAGGUCGCACAGGUCAUGAGGCCUGAUUGCAGGAUGGCCACGGGACAGGGGUCUGGGUACUCGUCCUGCAUGGUCGGUAGUGGACAUGCGCACAUCGAGCAGCCUGAUCUUAAUUAUGAACAGUAUAUGUGGAAUUUCUAA